GGCCCAGUUUUUCUGUUUUUUGUUUUUUUUUGUCCUUUGAUUCAAUAAUGUUUCUGGUCAUCACAGGAAUCGAACCCUCUGACGAGCAGGUCUGAAAAAAACUCUGACAAGGAAAGGAAACGAUGAGCCUCCUGCUCCUCCUCCGCCUGGGGUCGGUGGACGCAGCACUGACCCCUCCUGUUUAAGAUUCUGUCCUGAACAGACGCAGCUUGUUGCGCAGGCGCAGCUCAUUGAGUUUGGAUGAAAGCGGAGCGAGGAGAGGAAAGGAGCGCAGAGGAGGAGGAGGAUUGGAUCGGACCGGACCGGACCGGACUGGACUGGUCUACUGGAGCCGGACUUGGACUCGGACUGGCAGCAGGAGGACAUGGAGGUGCAGAGGAGGAGCAGCAGCAUCAGCAGUGAGAGGAGGAGGAUGAAGGAGGUGCAGAGCGGAGACAGAGUGACUCUGAAGAAGGAGAUCGGUCUGUUGAGCGCCUGCACCAUCAUCAUAGGAAACAUCAUUGGCUCUGGGAUCUUCAUCUCUCCGAAGGGCGUCUUGGAGCACUCUGGUUCUGUUGGUUUGGCCUUGGUGGUCUGGGUCCUGGGAGGAUGCAUCGCAGGUUUAGGCUCUAUGUGCUACGCUGAGCUGGGCGUCACCAUCCCUAAAUCUGGAGGAGACUACUCCUAUGUGACGGAGAUCUUUGGUGGACUGAUGGGGUUUCUCCUCCUGUGGAGCGCCGUCGUCAUCAUGUACCCGACCACGCUGGCCGUCAUCGCCCUCACCUUCUCCAACUACGUCCUGCAGCCCGUCUUCCCAAACUGUGUUCCACCGUACAUGGCCACUAGGAUGCUGUCAGCCACCUGUCUGUUGCUGCUGACCUGGGUCAACUGCUCCAGCGUCCGUAUGGCCACCAGGAUCCAGGAUGUGUUCACUGUGGGUAAACUCAUGGCUCUGGGUCUGAUCAUCGUGGUGGGCCUGGUCCAGAUCUUCAACGGGAACUACGAGGGCCUGACUCCUCAGGUGGCCUUUUCUAUGGACAGGGCGCCCUCUGUUGGUCAGAUUGCUCUGGCCUUCCUUCAGGCCUCCUUUGCCUUCAGUGGCUGGAACUUCCUGAACUAUGUCACCGAGGAAGUGGUGGAACCCAGACGGAACCUCCCUCGUGCCAUCUUCAUCUCCAUUCCACUGGUCACCUUUGUGUACACCCUCACCAACAUCGCCUACUUCUCCUCCAUGUCUCCGGAGGAGCUGCUGUCGUCCAAUGCUGUGGCUGUAACGUUUGGAGAGAAGCUCCUGGGAAUGUUCUCUGUCAUCAUUCCCAUCUCCGUGGCUCUGUCCACCUUUGGAGGCAUCAACGGUUACCUGUUCACCUCCUCCAGGUUGUGUUUCUCAGGAGCCAGAGAAGGUCACCUGCCCAGUCUGCUGGCCAUGAUCCACUACAGGAAGCGGACGCCCAAUCCUGGUCUGGUGGUCUUUCCUCAGUGCACCGCCACCAUCGUCAUUCUCUGCAUCGGAGAAACGCACAACCUGAUCAACUACGUCUCCUUCAUCAACUACCUGUCCUACGGGGUCACCAUCGCAGGCCUGCUCUUCUACCGCUGGAAGAAACCUGACCUUUACCGACCCAUCAAGGUGAACCUGCUGGUUCCUGUGGGUUACCUGAUGUUCUGGGCUCUGCUGCUGGCCUUCAGUCUGUACUCAGAGCCCGUGGUCUGUGGAGUGGGUCUGGUCAUCAUGUUGACUGGUGUACCAGUCUACUUUCUGGGUGUCCACUGGAGAGAAAAACCAAAGUGUAUCUACAGCUUCAUUGAAAAGGCCACCUACCUGGGACAGAGGUUGUGUUUCGUGGUCUUUCCCCAGAUUGACCCUGUAGAGGUCGCCAACCCUCCAGGGUGGACUGACCAUUCACCCAGCACAGGCACUUUCUCUGGCCGUUCUUAGAACUGUUGUGAACAUGUGAAGCUCUUCCAUCCUGUGGUCGAGGACCGUCACUGUUUCUGCUUUGGGAUCAUCGGUCCUCGGUUAGAUCCCAAACCUCCUGAGAUUUCUCCUGAGCAUGGAUGCUGCUUUUCUCCUCUUUUUUGUCUUCUAGUCCAGACAGAACCACACUGUGAGAGACCUCUGCCGUCCUGUGGCACACGUGGCUUCUGGACCCUGCUGGUCUGACAGCUAGGUGUUGCUGUUGUGUUCUGGUGCCUUUUCACAUGCACUCACAUCAGGUCAAGGGGUCAACUUUUCACACUGUUCAAAACAUCUGGACCAAGAUCAGUUCUACACAUGCCCACUCUGGCAGCCUGGUGUCGCUGUCGUCUCAUGACUGUGUGUUACUGUCAGAGGCAGAUUCUCAGCUAACACUCACUGUUUCACUGUUAACAACAAACAGAGGUUGAAGAGUGACGACCGGCUGAACAUGAACCACUUCCUGUCCAUCAAGGACAUCAUCCUGAGUGUUGGAAUUCACCAGUGUGUGUGUGUGUGUGAAAGCCUUCCUUUCAGUACAAACUGUUGUUCAACUGUUAGACUUUAUUAGGUUCCAGUAGGAGGCAGACUUCAGAUAUAUAUAUAAAAAUAUAUAUUAUAUAUAUAUAAAUAUAUAUAUAUCUGAAGUCUGCCUCCUAGUGGUCGAUUUUAGGAGUCAAUCAAGCCUGUGCAUAUUUUCCCCUGUGGUGUUUAAAUAUCUAUUGUCCUCUAAAAAAGAAGCUAAGACUAUAAAAUAAACUCCUAAUGAAACUUUUUUAAAAUCAGCCUCCCCCUUGUGGCUAAACAAUGUAAUUGUUGUUGUAUGUUGAUACCGCCAUGAGUGAGUUUUGUCCUUUAUUCAUGAUCCACUGCAGGCCAUACGACCCACCCGGGUGGGUCCAAUCAACCGGAAGUGACAUCAUUAAAUGACCUUGUCUGAUAUACUAGCUGAGAUCCCACAGCUACACUGACGCACACACACAAACACACACACUAACGUUUGUACCGUGACAACGGGUAAUGUGGAACAAAUGUGAUACAACCCGCUGUUUCGCGGUAUUUAUUUGCUGUAUAAAUGGCGUUAUGUAACGCUGGUGCCUGGUACCGAAAUGGCGUUCAUAUGAAACUGUUCUUGUGUCCUCAAUCAUGGACCUCACGUUAGAACCAAAGUUGAACACGUCCUGUCAAAACUGUCAGAUGGGAACACCGUUUCCUUCCCGUGACUUUCCAAAAUGAAUGAGAAACGUAGUCAACAAAUAAUUUAUUUAAAAACUCAUCA